GUCUUGUUUCAAAUAGGCACUGCAACCCCCCACUGGCAAUAGGCGAAUUCGCUAGCACUCAGGAAUAGCGUAUUUGUUUCGAAGCGAAUAAUCCAAAGCAGGCCACAUCGCAGGAGCCAAUGCCACAACUAUAGACUGCUAAUAGCCAUUACUUGCCGUUAUACCACGCGUUUGUCCACCCUAGUCGCUAUUGUCGUCGUUGUACCCUCGACCUCGGAGGACCAAAUUGUGCUUGUACAACAAGCGAAUCGCAGGGAAUGAAAUACGGAGAGCAGUUCGAGAAGGAGUCGGUACCGCAAUGGAGCCUUCAUAACAUCGACUACAAUUCACUGAAACAUCACAUCAAGGCUCACACAACCAAGGACCAGGCUACAGCAAUAGCCAUCCCCGGCCGUCCGAACACCGCCCUCGCCAAGUUCGAAGAUGAAUUCUACGCCGAGCUGUGCCGUCAACACGACCGGGUCGACAUGUUCGUGGUCAGCAAGGCCGACGAGCUCGCAAGGCGGUUACAGCAUCUCUCGGGUCAGAUACACCGGCUCAUCCUUCGCUGUGCGACCUCGGGACCGGACCGCAUAUCGCUGAAGAAGCGGCAGCGAUUCGCCAAGUACGAGCAGACACUCUUGCAAUGCGGCAACGACAUUAAGUCCCUCGAGCGCUUCGUCAACGCUCAGGUGGUUGCCUUCCGCAAGAUCCUCAAGAAGUACAGGAAAUGGACUGGUUCGUCGACACUUGGCGCCCGUUUCAAAGAGGCCAUCCUGUCCCACCCCAAAAGUUUCACAAGACUUGACUUUUCCCAGCUGCGAUCGCAGUAUGAUGACCUGUGCCAGACAUUGCAUGCUGCGUUGCCAGUGGACCUUCCGAAUAGCACGGACUGGUCAGCACGCGAGCCCAGAUCUUCCCGCCAAGCCAGCGCGCAACUCUCACCAAGCGAGACGAUCGUCGCUACAGAAUCGCGGCCUACUGUUGGCUACUGGAACGAGUACGAAUGCGGCAGCGAAGCCGGCGACUUUGACCGCAACGCCAACGACGAAUACGCCAUCUACAUCGACCCAAAUGAAGACAGCUUUCCUGGGAUCAAAGCCUUCGGCGAGUUCUUCUCCAAGCCCAUUCACAGCCUGACCGCAUGGAUCUCGCCCCGUCCGAGACGCACCAAGGGCGACAGCACCGCUGCGGAACCGGAACGCAGGCGCCUCCUCCCCAACCACCAUGACUCGGCCGCGUACGGCACAACCCGCUCGCCCCCAGCAGAACCGAGCUACUUCUCCACCCCACCGGGCGGGGCCGUCGCGGCCAGCAACGCCACGACCGCUGGCACCGAAACCGACCUGGACACUCCCUUCCCCUCCAACCGGCAGAGCCGGCGCAGCUCCUUCACCGGAAGGAACAGGGGGUACACAUCCUCGUCGGACGAGCAGCCCUUCUUCCCGCCGGGCUACAGCGCGCACUACGCGGCGGGUAACGGCUACGGCGAGUAUGCGCUGCCGAGCCUCACGGAGCAGCGCAUGGCGCGGCACCGCGAGCGGAUGCUGCUGUGGGCGACGUGGGGGUGUUUCGGAGUUGCGUUUGUGCUGAUGGGGAUUGCCGCCGUGCUGAUCGCUGCGGGGCGGCACAAGAUGCGGGUCGAGGUGGAUGCUGGCGUGACGCUGGGUAUCAUGACCAGUCUCGGGCUGGCGUGCGCAGGGCUGUGCCUGACGGGGUCCAAGAGGGACAAGCGCGGGUUGCUGGGUAGGUUGGCUGUGUGGUUUGCUUUUGCGGGGGUGUGUGUUGUGGACGGGGUGCUGUUGGUAAUGGUGAUGGGGAAUGCGAGGUUAUGAUGAAGCGCUGAAGUUGGGUUUCUUUCUCUUUCUGCUGGGAUAGUCCGGGGCCAGGAUAGUAUACCGGGCUAUCGGUCACGCUGGUAUCAGCAAGGUUGUUAUAUGGACAGCUCUUGGGGACUUCUGUCAAGUUAUCAGCAGACAGGGAACUCUCUCGCGGUCGUUCGGAGCAUUAGGCGGGCAGUGUACAAGACGGCAGCAUUUGCGACCUAGCAAUAGGAACCCAUGAAUAGAUCACGAAUUAUCAAUGAC